UCGCCUAGCGUACCUCCGCUUCGAGUGUCGUCCUCGAAAAAUAAAAAUAUCGUCAACUUUAUCGUCGAUACGACUUGUCAAGUUCGAGAAUUCUAUUCUCGUAUCCUAUAUCAUAAAGUCAUCCUGUGCAACCCCAUGCAACUUUUAUAUUUUCGGGAUGGGCAUUAAGAGGUGAGCGGUGAAAUUAGUGACGAGAUUUGAAAUUGAAGUAUGCUUUCCCCUUCCCCUUUUCUUCUAUUUACAUUACGAUCAUAAGUCGUAUUAUUCGAACGGCGCUUUCGUAGUUUCGACGAAGCGUUCGCUCGGUAGGGACAUUUUCGGAAUUACGCAUCUACGACGUUUCCUCAGUACAGUUUCGUCCGGUGAUCUGGUUAGUUCGGAGAUGGUUGAUAUCGUCUAUCGCUAAACGUGUUACGACGCGAUACGUAGUUUGUGAAUAAACGUCGCACUUCCCCCACUGACCUUACCGGAUCGAUUCAACCACUGUUUACGAGACUGCAAGGAAGGAUCCCCCAUCCCAAGGGCCAUGAGACGAGAUAUUGGGGCGUCGCUGUAUGAAGUUAGGAUAUGUUUGAUAUUGAGCGGUUUGAACGCGGAACAGAAUGGUAGGUAUAUCUACACGAGAAGGAAAUCGCGAUAUAACUUCAAAGAAAUUGGAUCCUUGGAUUGACAAGUGCCUGAAGCAAUUUCUAAGGUCAAUAUGCGAACAGACUUCAGCUAUUUCUUUGUCGUUCAAGAUCGGAUAAGUUUAAUGUAGGUACUACGGAGAGUGAGAAAAAAGUGAAAACCAUUUGGGGCGUCCGGGGUGGAAUCUGGCGAUAUCAUGCACAGGUAAUCUUUUCGACAUAAUUAUCAUUCGUGCUCGUGUCUUUCUUAAAAUGUGAAUGCUACUUGGCUGAGACAAAAAAUCUCUUCCGUGUUCGAUUCGUACACGGAGGGCACAAAUUUUUUUAUUCGUGUAAAAAUCCUAGCUCUCUUAGUCGCCGUUGAGUGAUUUUUUUCAAUUGAGGUCGGAUGACGUUGAUCAUAGUUACCGGAGUUGUGAAGAAUCUAUAUCACUAUAGAGUUGGUUUAUCCAAUGGAUUGUGGGUACAGAAUUUUCGGAACGCGGAAUGCGUCCUCAUGGCGCCAAAUUUUUGGGUUCGGAUACCAGUUUAUUAAAUUUUUCCGGACGAUCGAAAUUCAAACAAUCUUUACCCCUUUCAAUAAACACCCGGAAACUUGAUGAAAUGAUUGUUCAAUUUUUCCCAUGCAUUUUUGGGAUCAACAUCGCAGAUGGCUUGGGAAUUCCAGCUCACAAUUGGAUCAGCUGAUACCUGGCCGAAAACAGGUAAAAGAUUAUGUUUCUCUGUAAUCUAUAUAUUUAUCUACGUUUGAAUUUCAUUGGGCAUCAAAAAUGAACCAAUUUCAUUUUUACAGCGUAUGUUUGUUCUGUAAUUAUUGUACUUAUUUCAGUAUCUGUUUGACAUAAACUUUGAAACUUGUUCGGAAAAAGUAUAAUUCCGAGAGAGAUUCAAAGCUUAGAAAUAACUGUGAAAAACUCUCUCUGAGGUGUAUGUCGUACAGUUCUAUACGUAUGGAGUCAACGUGACCCUCACGUUGGGUGUUUCAAAGUUUAGGAGGUAGGCUCUUGAGACUUUGGCCAUCUUUUGGCGUCCAGACAUCUGCGGAGGUUCGUUGAAUUCGUUAUUCACCCCCACGAUCUUGAUCACGUUACUCAAAAAAAAAAAGAAAAGAGAGAAAAAAAAGUACAAAUCUUGAUCUAUCUGAUUGAGAGGCAGACGCCGUCUCGAUUAACAUUUAUCGACGUAGCUCCUUUUUUUUUAUUUUCACUCUUGUUUCAAAAAUGCAAAAAUUCAUCAGCUCAUUAAAUAUAAGUUAUUUGAGUGUGAAUUUUGUCGGUAAUAGUAAUUAGUGAACUAGUCGAAAUCCCUCAAUAAUUAUCAGCAGGGAUAUCGGAAAAUGCGAGACGUACGUGUACGUGUAUUGUGUCGUGUGUGAAAAGUAUACCAACAUGGCGCAAACGCGACCCCUGGCACGUAGGCGAUGUUGAAAAUAAAAAGAAAAAAAUCGAUAAAAGAAAAAAUAAAACAAGGGGGUUUUGUUUAUUGCGACUGGGCCGUUUACCCGAACCAUUAGAUACCACAAACAUAUCAUUCGCGACAGUGAGGGAACGAAUUUCACAUAUUUACAAAAGAGAAUCUUUCUCCCUCUGGAUUCCGAUCCUUGCGGCGUCUACACUUAGGAGGUUAUUAUACGAGUGGGCAGGAGCUGAGCUUAUUUCCGGUAUUCUCACGCUUUCACAGCAGACAUUAGAUGGGAAGUCGAGAAACAUGGAAUCAAAUUUCGUUUCGAGAUAAAGCAAAUAUUUGUUAGAAGACCCCGAAGACCUCCCGUCGGAGGACGCGCCCACCGAGCAUAAAUGUCGGGAUAAAUCCGGCGUUCAUCCAAAACGCGUCGAAGAAAGAUACGAGAUUUGACUCGGCAGACAAGGUUGUUCGAUAAACAGAUUUUAAGGGAAUGAAAACAAACCGCAACUCGACUUCGUCUUUCCAGGAUUCACGGGAUCACAGGAUUUCCCUGAAUUUAAACCUAUCUAAGCGUCUUGAUAACCCACCCUCUGAAAAUUUUCCCGCUGGAAAACACCUGGUUUCUUCUUCUCUUCCUUUGUUUUAUCAUCAUCAACUCCGCGAUGAAAAUAUAAGAAAACAUUUAUUUCGCUUACGUAAAGGCCGCACCUUCGCCAUUAUACAUUUUCCCGAAAUUCCGAAAAUUUUAACCACAUACUUUACCGAAUCCUCUUCUGGUCCACGCCUGUCUGUUCCUUCGUGCAGCUGCGCUAUGCGGUAUCUUCUCCCCAGAGAGAAAGAGAGAAAGAAAAGAGGAGAAAAAAAAACGAAUCCUCGUCAAGCAUGAAAACACGCGUUGACUGUGUAAUGUGCGCCACUUUUUUCAUUUUUUUGUUUUUUUUUUAUUUUCUGUUACGCAUCUCAAGUAACAAAUAUUCGGCGAGUGUGUCUGAAUUUUUUUUCUUCUCUUUUUUCCCAACUUUCUUUUUCCAUUUUUCACAAUAUUUUUUUCUUCACAUUUUUUUCUCAGCCCACUCGUUUAUAUGCGAGACGCGCGUUUCUGUCUUGAAUCAAGUUGGGCAGAGCUUCGCUGUUAUACGUGUGAAGUUCCAUUUCGGGCUGGUUACAUCCAUAACCUUUGAGGGUCUUGUACGUACCUACGGAUCAGAUGGGAUCAGAUUCUUUCUGUUCCAUUAUUCAAUUAUUUUUCAUUUACCGUCAGUGAUAAUAUCUUUGAAUUGUUCAUAAGGCAUGUAACCUGGGAAUAUAUUCAUCUGGGAACAGGGUUUUUUUUUGUAAAGGUUCGUAUAUCAAACGUUUUGCAAAAGUAGAAGUCUUGAGCAGGGUAAACGAGAUCACUGAGGUGCAAAAUUUCUUCUUCGUUUCAAUAUGGAAACGAAUUCCGAUCGAAAUUUUGUUCUCUAAGUACGAAAUACAUCGACGAACCGUGAGAAACCAACUUGAAGAAACAAACCGCAAUUAUUCGUGCAACGAAUAAUUAUACAUCGGUAAGUUUCGAAUUUUGGAAGAUGAAUAAAUAUUUUUCGAAAAAAACUCCAGAUGUAUAAUUAUACGGUGGAAAGAUGUUGAAUUUAUUUGCAUCUACAACAACCGUUACUUGCGCUCCUUGUUGCCUGAGCUCAAAGUGCGAUGUAAGGGAAGAAGGAACCACGAGAAAAAAAAAAGGAGGAAAAAGAAAGAGAAAGUAAAUUCGCGGUGUUAGCUUUCGGGGAUAAAUAUUAGCGUAUGCUAUUUCGGAUCGUUGAGGGUCGUGGGCAGGUGAAUGUGUACGUAAACUUGUAGAUAUAGCUGGUAUAUGUUUUAUAUGUAUAUCGUUACACCGUUCCAACGUCGUCUAAGGUCUAAAUCGAUGCUGGAGAAGCUAGGAGCUCGCUACAAGAUGAAUGGGAACUGCCACGCGAGUUUCUAAGAAAAACAUUAUCCUGACGAAUGGCGGGAAAAAAUGUUUAAACCCUGAAUACUAAGUCCUGCUUAAACAUGAUCUAUACCUACCCUCAGUUUCUCCCUUCUUUCCUUCUUUCUUUCCUUCACUCUCCGCUUUUCUCUUUUUCUCUCGCUGUCCAAACCAACCCACUAACUGAAGCCUCCCCCUUUUUUUUUUUUUUUCUUUUUCUUUUUUCUCUUCCUUUUUUUCUUUUUUUUUUUUUUUUUUUUUUUUUUUUUUUUGCAAACCAAACUUUGCACGCCAACAAGUAUUGUCCAAUUUCACUUGUACUUUUUUCUCCAUCUUUUUCUCAUCCAACGUCAUUCACAUGUCAUCAAUUGUCAACGGAACGGAGGAAACGGGGAAAGCAGAAAAGGUAAUCUGACAAAAUUUUAUUCGUUGAAUCAACGUUACUCUAAUUUCUGAGUUUUCUAAAUUUCCGUGAAGUAGUCUGUGAAAUGGUGUUGGGAGAAAAGAGAAGAAAGGGAGAAAAGAAGCCCCGUCGUCUUUCAGACGAUGAUCAGUUUUGACGUGACCGAAGUAAAAAGGACUCCGAUCUAUGGCUGACAGGUAAAAUAAUCGAGGAUCAAUCCAGAAAAAUCUGGCUAUUGGUAUAAAUGGCAAGUAGAUUCGGUGCCGUCUAGUCAGGGUAAUAUUUCAAACAAAGUGGCGCGCGAGCGACUCUUGAAGGGGAGAGUCGAGACGCUGCUAUGGCCGAGAUUCCCUCCGACAUACGUACCGCUAACGCUAGUCCGCAGCUCUUGUGCCUCGCCUAGGGUCCUGAGGGAACGAUUAAAUUGAUCGUUUUAUGGAACUGGCCUUGUUACACCGUCCCUGAGGACCGUUCAACCAGUUGUAUAUCUGGUGCAGUUCACCGGCUCAUUCCAAGGAAGUCACGUGUUCUACCAGAUAUCCCAUUUUUAUACCCUCAUCGAUCUCAAGUACCUACCUCCGGAAGUGGAACUUGUAAGAUUUCGUAUCCUGGGAUUCCGGAUAAUGUAUCCUUAUGUUUCAACUUUCACCUAGUGUUCCUUUAUGACGUACGAGGAGGUCAGGUGAAACUUCCACUCGAAGAUGAUGCUCGUGAUCCAGCGAUGGCAUGAAAUGGAAAGUUACUCACCACGCAGAACGUAAGGUUCACCGCUGCGCCCGAGGGCGACCGUUCGAAGUCAGCGGGGUUAAAACGGUCGAAACUUAUUGUAAGCCAGGACCGACUACUAUUCCCGACGGAGUUAUCCUAGGAAAAGGGUGGUAAUGGGUCUACCGCUACCUGCGGAAAUGUGGCAGGUGACCACCGGAUAUUCGGGGGAUCCCUGGCCAGACGGACCUUGAUUAUCGGUUCCGACCAAAGCCAAAUCCCUUCCAUUCGCUGUCCGCGUGCGUUACGUCACCGACAGCGAAUACCCAUAAAGAUUUUUUUCAUAGACGCGGUAUAUUCGGUUGUUUCGGUAACGUUAGAUUUCACCAAUCCAAUCUGGAUGUUUCUUUUUUUCAUUCUCCUUCGGUAUCCAGAUAGGAUAACCCGUUGUUUGAAAAACACCUAUAUGCAGAGUAGACGGAACAUUUUGAUCGUGACGCCACUGAUGGUUUUUCCACCGUCUGGGCAGCAUACAUCAUUCCAGUUGGACUAUAAAUCUUGACCGGACUAAUUUAUACUGUUUCACUGUACCUAUAGUACCGCGUUAUCGGUGGGCAUUUCUGUGUUUAUUUUUGACACGACUACCGAUCGCGUGGAUAUCACCGCGAUGGAAUUCGAGCAUCUAUUUUUAAUUUCUAGGAAAUGACAUUUGAUACAACCACAUUUGAAUUCGUUGGAAAUAUUUGCCAACGUGACGACCGGUUCGGUAUGGAAUUAAUAAAUCAGGUCUCGUUUUCGAGCAAUAUUGAAAUAUUCUCAUGAUUUCUGCGAAAACUAUGCGGAAUGAUAGAUCAAAGUUGGUUGUAUAAAAUUCUAACUGAUCAUUGCGAUUGAACGGUUUCGUUUUUACGUUCCGUCUGGGCAAACCAAACUCGUAGGAUGAGAUUGAGGAGUGAUUGGAAAACUUUCGUUUGUACUCGCUAAGACGUUCAUUCCCAUGCUCUUUGCAACGCUAGCUUUCUAACGAGAAACCAAAAGGCAAAGAGGUGUUCCAUCGAAACUUGAAGCGAACUAAUAUCGUAGAUAUCAAAGUCGAGUAGCUCUUGUUUGAUCAUCGCAAACUCCAACACGAUAAAACAAUACCAACCGUACAAACGUCGCGUUCGUCUGUACCGUACGUAUCCGCUGCGAACGGGAUUUCCGUUCAAUGUAAAAAAAUAAAACCUCACGCAUAAUCCAAAGGCGAAUGCCACGCCUGAGAUUUUCGACUUUUUCCAGACUUCGCCGAUCAUUAACCGAACUCGACGUGAACAUUCGACGAAACCUUCAAUCAGAGAAUGUCGUCCACCCAACGCUCCGAAGGAACAACUUUGAUUGUGCCGAGUGAGCCGAGCUUUUUGUUAAAGACGACCAACUAAGGGAGGAAUGACCUUCGGAUCGAGGAGAUUUAGGACGGAUUUUCUGGAGGAGUGGCCAACCCCGGGAACAGGACCGUAUUUCGAUACAACGGUACACUCGAACAUCACAGGACUCGUCGGAAAGACGGUUCACCUGGUCUGCAAGGUGAAAAACCUGGGGAACCGGACGGUAUCUUGGGUUCGUCACAGGGACAUUCAUCUGCUGACCGUUGGUCGGUACACGUAUACGAGUGAUCAAAGAUUCGAGGCACUCCAUUCACCGCAUUCCGAAGAAUGGACUCUCCGAAUUCGAUAUCCUCAACGGAAGGAUUCCGGCCUAUACGAAUGUCAAAUAUCGACUACACCGCCCAUGGGUCAUCCGGUCUACUUAUCCGUUGUUGAGCCAAUCACCGAGAUCAUUGGAGGACCUGAUCUCUUUAUCAAUAAGGGAAGCACCAUUAACCUUACGUGUCACGUUAAAUUUGCUCCGGAACCACCACCGACUAUGAUCUGGAGCCACAACCGCGAGGCGAUUAACUUUGACUCACCGAGAGGGGGGAUCAGCCUGGUAACGGAAAAAGGCCCAGUGACUUCCAGUCGUCUUCUUAUCCAGAAGGCAAUCCUGAACGACUCCGGUCUUUAUACGUGUUCACCCAGCAACGCUAAUCCUACCAACGUCAGGGUCCACAUUUUGAACGAAGAACACCCAGCUGCGAUGCAUCAUGGCAGCGGUGACAAAAUGGCAGCCACUCUGCUUCCGGUAGUCGCAUUUCUAUGGUCAAUUUUUUAAAAUAGUAAAGAAGAUCAGCAGUCCAACGAGAAAAAUACUGCCCUGUUCACCAAAAAAUCAGGCAAAGUGAGUCCUCAAUUAUUUCAUUUUUAGUGAUCAGAGUGUUUUAUAAUCUGUCCGAAUCUACGGUGUCUGCAUUUCGGCAGAAGCCUGAAAUCGGUAGACAUUUCAGAAGAGGCGAAGAUAUUGCGCUACGUGGAUAAUAUCGUUCCAUGUGAUCAAUUUGGUGCAAGUUUAGUCUGUGACUCGAAUGUAAAUUUCACUAUCUUUUUAUACGGGGGAAAAAAACCUAAUUGAAAAAAAUGAAUAUUCACGAUUCGAUCGGCCAUUCCUACGAGCAGGGGAAUGCCUUUUACGAUGAAAUUAUAUAGUAACUAGAGAAGCUCUGUAAAUAAAUGCACAAUAUUGUACAUAUCACUCGGAUACCUAUUGAACAAAAGAGAAGAAAAAUAUUAAGAUUGAAAAAAGAAGGAGACGUGAAUUAUGAACCACACGUCACUAGUCUAUAAAAUUUCAAUUAAUUAUUGAAACGAACCAAAUAACGUUGUCAAGUGUCUGUAGAUAUAUUUGAAACGCAACGGAAUCCGGUAGUCCGUUCUGUUUUUUUCAAACUAGACAUUAACUGCGCAGCUGUGUCGAUUCUCCAGUGCAGUGGGUAGAUCAGGUAAGGUCGUUUUGGGGUACGAAAACUUGCGCAGUUUCUGGUAAAAUUUAAUCGACUCGGAACGUGGCAAAAAAAAUAUUAUCCGUCAAUAGCACUUGAGUGUAGUCUUGAAGUCGCGUUGAAGACGCCUGAAUUUUGUGAAUAAUGUAAAUAAAAUUGAAUUGAUAAAAAAAUAGAAAGAAAAAUGUGAAUCACUCGAUCGACAGAAGUGCAAUAUCGAAGAUUUCUUCGGCUGAAAAUUUUUCAACGAACGGAUGUGUGUAAUUAGAGAAAGAAAGGAGAAUUGAUCUAGCGUAGAUCGCUUUGCCGUUGAUCGUCAAAUCACGUGGUGUAACUUCUAACGCGGAUUAAAUAAUUGUCAUAUAUAAUUAACGAGACUCUUACGAACCAAAUUAUAGUGUCUGUAAUUAUGAUACAUCUAAUUAAACGAUCGUUUGAAUAACGUACGCAUAAUUUGAAAAUUUCGAGAUAAUAAAGAAUUAAAUAGGUUAUAAGGUAACGAGGUACUCCUAAUUAGCGGACAACGAGUAGUGGGUACGUUUUGUAAAUAAUAACGAAAAAAAAAAAGUAACAUAAUAAUUGUAAUGAUAUUUGAAUCACGUAUUCAAAAAAUUAACUAAAAUUCGUAUACGCGUAUACGUAUAUACAUAGGUGUAAUAAUAUCGAGAUUGCGUAAUGAUUGAAGAUUUAAAAAAAAAAAGAGAGAAAAUUUCAUAUGAAGUAUCUGUCGAUAAUUUACCGUUGGCAAAAACAUAUUAUUGAUUGAAGUUUUCAAUAUUUUAUCAAACAUUGUGAUAUAGGAUAGAUCGUAAGAUGUUGGAUGUUAUUGAUGUGUUGAAUAAAAAUCACAUUAAAUAUCACGCUGUACCAACGAAAGGAAAACAGAAGCUGCGAUAUUUGAGAACGAUUCGCGUUCACGACCCAUUCCAAAUGAAAAUUCGUUCGUUGGUUGCCAAAUGAAAUGUGCGAGUGUUAUAUGAAUUCUAUUGUCAGAUUUUGAUAUACGCAUCCGUAUUAAAGAGAAAAAAAUAAUUACCUUUUGUUCUACGAGACUAUACAUGUAUAUAUAGGUGUACCGAUCUGCGAAAAAUUUUUCACACGAAUCAUCCCCAACCAUGAAAAUAAAAUUGAACCUGUAAUUUUAUCAAUUCGACGAAUGGUCGAAAUUUUCAUUUACUUUUUUCACAGAUGUGUCAAUAAACGAUCACGUAAAUCAAG